GCCUGUUUAUCUUCACAUGCCGAGAGUUUCUUCUCUUUAUUCCAACAGACGAGUGGAGAAGCUCACCGAACGGUGUGACCCAUGGGCGAAGACGACCAACAAUCCUGUCAGGAUGGCCUGCUCGAGCCGACACUAUCGACUUUGAGUGGAGGAACAAACUUAUCAGAUCUUGGCAUAUGCAACAUAAACUUGGCUCCGGUAUUAGCAUCGCUACUGGUUGCCUACUCACACAUGCAGACAAUUGCGAUUCUGGAUCGAUUGCUCGCUCGGAUCCGAACCGGCUAUUCGCCACCCUUCACUCUCGUUGGAGGAAUACACAUAAUAAGGCCUAUCGGCUGCUGCCUGUGCUGCAGAUCGUCCUACCUGCCACGCUUAUAUUUAUUUCACCGUGCAACGUUUGUCCCUUGAUCCCAAUCGAUAAGCAGUAGAGAUGUAUACAAACACUCUUCGUCUUCUUGCAGGCCUUUCAUGGUUAGCUGCUGCUCCUCUCGCACGCGCUGAUGACGACGCGGAAGUACACGGUGAGGGAGAUGAGGGCACCAUCAUGGGCCCUGUAGCUUUCCUGUGGCCAGAUGACCGCCCAUGGAGUGCUACAUACGACAACAUCGGACCAUGUGGUAGCUCUUCCGGUGUAUCAAAUAGGACCAUCUACCCUUUGACCCAGGGUGAAGUUGCACUGUCUAUCGCUGAUGAUGCAUGGAAUGUCGCAUUCUACAUGGCUUUCGACAGCGACCCUGAAACCCAAAGUGACUUCACCGAGCAGGUUGUCAGCAACAUCACAAGGAUCGAGGCUGGGCACCAGUGCUACAAAAUCGCCUCGAUCCCCAGCAGCGUAACCGCUGGCACGAAUGCUACCAUCCAACUGGAAUACUGGUCCGACUAUGCCGGCGAGAAUAAUGGCAAGAACGAGACCUUCUAUGCUUGCGCAGACAUCACCUUUGUCGAGGCGGCAGACUUCACACUCUCUGUCCCCUGCUUCAACGUGACUGCCGAAGACUUUGUUGGGGGCGUCGAGACUACGACUGUAUCUCCAUCCGCCACUGCUACCUCCACAACUAGCCCCAGCACGAGCUCGUCGUCUUCAUCGUCUAGUGAUGGUCUCUCCACUGGCGCCAAGGCCGGUAUUGCCGUUGGAGUCAUUGUCGCUUCGCUUGCCAUUGUCGGGGCCUUUGCCUUUGCGUUCCUCCGCAAGAGAAAGUCGCAGCAAGCUUCCGUUCUUCCGCAGACGUCCGAGGUACGCAAGGAUACCGCGUCGAUCGCCUCGGGUACCCGGGAGUAAAUGUCACGUCGGUUCAACGCGGCCAUAGCGGCUGUUACGAAAUCUAGAGUGGGCGUUUCCGAAAUACUUAGGAUGGAAGACGUCGUUUAUUUCUGUUAUACUUGGCAGGUAUUCGACUCGAUGGAUAUUUUUGAAUGUAAACCAUGAUAAUGAGAUGAGAUGUACUACAUGUUGUUUCCUUGUCAUGUCUUUAAGUCUGGGAUAACUGAUGUGGAACCCCAAAUUUGGUACCUCAUAUUUACUUCUCGGUCAUUGAUACUGGUACGCCGAA